CAGCCGCCGCCGCCGGGCGCCGAGCGGGGCGGCCGCCCUCCCCGAGGCGCGCCUGCGCACGUUCCCACGCACGCUCCGGCGUACGGCGGCGGCCAGGGGUCGCGAGCCGGUGGAGGACCCGCGCGCGGAGGAGCCCGGAGAGUCAACGCUUCUUCCCUCCCUCCCCUAUUCCCCUCCCCGCUCCCUCCCCCCCCUCCCCAAGAAUGUUCCGCUACGAGUCUUUGGAGGAUUGUCCUCUGGAUGAAGAUGAAGAUGCAUUUCAGGGCCUGGGAGAGGAAGAUGAAGAGAUUGAUCAAUUUAAUGAUGAUACAUUUGGGUCAGGUGCAGUUGAUGAUGAUUGGCAGGAAGCACAUGAGCGCCUGGCUGAAUUGGAAGAGAAGCUGCCAGUGGCAGUUAAUGAACAAACAGGCAAUGGAGAAAGGGAUGAGAUGGACUUGUUGGGUGACCAUGAGGAGAAUCUGGCAGAAAGGCUCAGUAAGAUGGUGAUUGAAAACGAACUAGAAGACCCAGCUAUCAUGACGGCAGUGCAGACCAGGCCUGUUUUGCAACCCCAACCAGGAAGUCUCAAUUCCAGCAUCUGGGAUGGAUCUGAAGUUCUGAGGCGAAUCCGAGGACCACUGCUUGCUCAGGAAAUGCCUGCAGUGUCUGUAUUAGAAUAUGCCUUGCCUCAGAGGGCCCCUCAGGGUCCAGAAGAUGAUCGGGACCUUUCUGAGCGUGCAUUACCAAGGCGGUCAACGUCACCUGUCAUUGGGAGUCCUCCUGUUAGAGCUGUCCCCAUAGGCACCCCACCUAAGCAGAUGGCUGUACCCAGCUUCAACCAGCAGAUCCUGUGUCCGAAGCCUGUCCACGUUCGGCCCCCAAUGCCACCGCGUUAUCCUGCUCCCUAUGGUGAGAGGAUGUCUCCAAACCAGCUGUGCAGUGUGCCGAACUCUUCCCUACUGGGUCACCCUUUCCCUCCUAGUGUUCCGCCUGUUCUCAGCCCCCUCCAGAGAGCACAGCUUCUUGGAGGAGCACAGCUACAGCCUGGACGGAUGUCUCCCAGCCAGUUUGCACGGGUCCCUGGAUUUGUUGGUAGUCCGCUUGCUGCUGCCAUGAAUCCCAAGUUGCUGCAAGGGCGAGUUGGGCAGAUGCUUCCCCCAGCACCAGGCUUCCGUGCCUUCUUUAGUAAUCCACCCCCUGCUACCCCACCUCCUCCACAGCAGCACCCCCCUGGCCCAGGACCUCACCUGCAAAACCUAAGAUCUCAGGCCCCAAUGUUUAGACCAGACACAACUCACCUUCAUCCCCAGCACCGUCGACUCUUGCAUCAGAGACAGCAACAGAAUAGGAAUCAGCAUCGGAAUCUCAAUGGUGCAGGAGAUAGAGGAAGUCACCGGAGCAGUCAUCAAGACCAUCUCCGAAAGGAUCCCUAUGCCAAUCUCAUGUUGCAGCGAGAGAAGGAUUGGGUCUCUAAAAUCCAGAUGAUGCAGCUGCAAAGCACUGAUCCCUACCUGGAUGAUUUUUAUUACCAGAAUUACUUUGAAAAACUGGAGAAACUGUCAGCUGCUGAAGAAGUGCAAGGUGAUGGCCCUAAAAAGGAGCGCACCAAGCUCAUUACUCCUCAGGUGGCCAAACUGGAGCACGCCUAUAAGCCAGUGCAGUUUGAGGGCUCUUUGGGAAAGCUUACUGUCUCUAGUGUGAAUAAUCCCCGAAAAAUGAUUGAUGCUGUUGUGACAUCUCGGAGUGAGGAUGAUGAGACAAAAGAAAAACAAGUUCGGGACAAGAGACGAAAAACCCUUGUCAUAAUUGAGAAAACCUAUAGUUUACUCCUGGAUGUGGAGGAUUAUGAAAGGCGGUAUCUCCUAAGUCUAGAAGAAGACCGACCUGCUCUGAUGGAAGAAAGAAAGCACAAAAUUUGCAGCAUGUAUGACAACUUAAGGGGGAAAUUGCCUGGACAAGAGAGGCCAAGUGAUGACCACUUUGUACAGAUCAUGUGUAUUCGAAAAGGGAAGAGAAUGGUUGCCCGUAUUCUUCCUUUCCUCUCCACAGAGCAAGCAGCUGACAUUCUCAUGACAACGGCCAGGAACCUCCCUUUCCUUAUCAAGAAGGAUGCACAAGAUGAGGUGCUGCCAUGCUUACUGAGUCCCUUCUCUCUCCUCCUCUAUCAUCUUCCAUCAGUGACUGUCACCAGCCUUCUGCAACAGCUAAUGAACCUACCUCAGAGUGCAGCUGCACCAGCAGCCUCCAAUCCUCACCUCACUGCUGUGCUCCAGAACAAGUUUGGCCUGUCACUGCUCCUCGUCGUCCUGAGCCGUGGGGAAGACCUACAGAGUUCAGACCCUGCUGCAGAGUCAACGCAAAAUAACCAGUGGACGGAGGUGAUGUUCAUGGCAACCCGAGAACUUCUGCGGAUUCCCCAGGCAGCCCUGGCCAAGCCAAUUUCUAUACCCACAAACCUAGUCUCCCUCUUUUCUCGCUAUGUUGACCGACAGAAACUGAACUUGCUGGAGACAAAACUGCAGCUAGUUCAGGGGAUACGAUAAAAGAUCUCCAAAUGUGUCCAGUACCUCCUUUUGGCUGCCAUCUGCACUGCCGCCAUCACCAGUGGAGUGUUUUUAAUGAGGGAGGGAAGGUAGCUUUUUCCCCACUGCUCUGUGAAAUUUGGCUGGGUGAUACUUUUGCUGGUUUCUUCUUACCUUCUGUGUUACAAUUCUGCAUGUCCUACUUUUACUCACUUCUCAAUUUUGCAUUUUCUUUGCCCUAGAGACACAAAUAUAAUCUCUCCUUUUAUCCCACCACCACUGUUCCAGUUCAGAGUAGAUUGUAGCCUGCCCAAGGAUUCUUUCCCUCAUCCUACUGAAGUCUUUUUUCAUUGCCCCAUGUUAAUAUGACUAUAGGAGAGCCAGUUAAGUAGAAACGAAGAUAUAUAUAUGCGUGCACAUACACCCCUCUACAUAUGUUUAUGUGGUCACCAGAGGAUCCUUAAAGAACAAGUUUUAGAUUGAGAGAUAUUUAGUUGACACAUUCCUUCUCUAAACACAAACCAGCUGAUGUGUUUUUAAUCUAUUUCUAGUCCAUCUUGUAAUUAAUUUGGCGGGUUCUACCUGUUUUAAUAUAAAUAUAGGGUAUGCAGCACAUUUAAUAAAAUCAGAACUCUUAAUUGGCUGAUGGCCAGCUCUAGGCUGAGAAGUCCUUUUUUCCCUCCCCGCUCAUAUUUCCUGUGUUUCUGUCCUCAAUGGAAACAGCACACGGUUAAGCCUUUCUCCUGCUACAGCCACAGUGUACUUGAGCCUGUUCCCUCAAGGGCAUGGAAGAUUGUUCAAGAUGAUCCUAACUUAGAGCCUGCUUCCACAGUGUAGCUUUUGCACACUCACUCUGUCUUCCUGAGACUACUUCAGUAAGCCGUGCUUUUCCUUCUCUCCCGUUUUUAUCUGGUGUCCUGGGUGGAAACCUCCAUAUGUAACCAUGGAAGCUAAGUUUGGCUUGCUUGGCUCUUCAGUCUGCUCCACACCGUGAGCAGGACUGCUCCCCUUGCUACUUGGUCUGACCCAAGUCCCAUUCCCAGGCAGCCUGGGGCUUGGGUUUGAAUCCCAGCAGGGACAGCCUGCCAUAAUACUUUUCACUUGUCCUUCUCCCAUUCAGAAAUCAACCAAGAUAAGGGAUUUUGAUCCUUGGUGAUUAUAGCCCUUAGGAAAAUUAAAUCUGGAUUAAUUUUACCUGACUGUCCUGAUACACUCUUUGCUGUUCUCACCUUUUCGAAUGUAGUGGGGGGACAGGUUAUGAUAUUUAAACAGAAUAAACAUUUUGCACAUACAUGUAUUGUACAACAGUAAAAUCCUCUGUUAUAACCAGCUGUUCAUGUUCUCCAUCUCCAUUUCGUCCUGUUCUGUAGCUCCAGGCUCCAUCCGCUGUUCCCCAGUGACAUUACCUAGCUUCCCUCUGCCAUUAUCUACUGACUAAUUCCACCAUGCGCCUUUCCUACCUUCCCUUCACAACUGAUCAAGUGAAUACUUGAUUAU